AGCCCUAUUGAUAUCCGCGCCUCAGAUGUCGAUUUCGCGUAUCUGGAUAAAAUCGUCUUCACAAAUUAUGACAAGACUGGCCCAGUCAGCAUUCAAAAUAAUGGCCACUCAGUCACGGUAGAAGGCUUUGAGGAUUGGAAUGAGAAUGAACCAUAUAUUGAAGAAGGAGGGCUGAAGUACAGAUACCGUCUGGCCAAGUUUCACUUUCACUGGUCUCAAAAUUACCUCGGUUCUGAGCAUGCAAUUGGUGGUCUACGUUAUCCUGGAGAAGUGCGAGCCAUUGCUGACUUUCUUUUUUUGAGCGAGAAAGAAUUUUGUUUAGCUUCAUUUGGUGCACUUUCGAGAUGA